UACUUAUUUCCAACCUCCAACGGCCUAAAGGCUAAAGUCAGUACUCAGCAAGUCACACUUAAGACGUUCUUUGUUCUUGCUGUUUACCUGAGACAAAAGGUUUCAAAGAAGAUUUGCGCGGCAGUGACGUUGAUUGAUAUGAAUGUUCUCCCAAAAUGCGACGCCAUUACAAUCCUCGAAGCUCCGUCGUCGUCGCCGCCGCAAUACGAGCAUUCGCCACAAAUCAAUUUGCCCUCCAAAAAUCAAUGGAGUUCAUCAAUUCUUACACUUCAACUCAACUCUUCCACUUUUCUAAUGCUCAUUUCACCACAAAUUCGUCUUCAAUCCCAUCAUUCAGCAGACAAAUUAGCUCCAAACCCUACAAUGCUAAUCUCUCUCCUGAUUCCAUAAGGGUAGUUGAUAGGCUGAUUUCAAUUUUCACCCAGAACACUUUUGAGGCUAACAACCAAGAACUGAGUCAACUCGGUUGCGGACUCACCCGGGAAAUCGUUGAGGCCGUGCUGAAAGGGAUCAGGAAUUGGAAAGUGGCAUACAGGUUCUUCACAUGGGCUAAAACCCAGAAAGGUUACUUUCAUAAUUGCUAUACUUUUAAUGCUAUGGCUUCAAUCCUAUCAGGUGCUCGACGAAAUGCUCCAAUGAAAAGUUUAUAUUUGGAAUUAAUUGAUUCUCGUUGUUUUAUGACUCCUGGGGCAUUGGGUUUUUUUGUUAGGUGUUUAGGGAGUGUGGGAUUGAUGGAAGAAGCUAAUGUGUUGUUUGAUCAUGUUAGGCAAAUGGGUCUUUGUGUUCCUAAUAAUUAUAGCUAUAAUUGUUUGUUAGAGACUAUAGCUAAAUCGAGCUCAUGUGUUCAAGCUGAGAAGAGGUUGGAUGAAAUGCGGAGUUUUGGGUGGAUUGUUGAUAAGUAUACAAUGACUCCACUUCUGCAGGUUUACUGCAAUUCUAGGGAGUUUGACAAAGCUCUGGUUGUUUUCCACCAAAUGCUUGAAAGGGGUUGGGUUGACUCUCAUGUGUUGUCUAUCUUAGUUGUGUCUUUCAGUAAGUGGGGAGAAGUGGAUAGGGCGUUUGAGUUGAUUGAGAAGAUGGAAGAUUGCAAUUUGAGAUUGAAUGAGAAGACAUUUUAUGUAUUAAUACAUGGGUUUGUAUCUAAUUCCAAAGUUGAUAAGGCUCUUCAACUAUUUGACAAAAUGCGUGGAUCAGGGUUUUGUGCUGAUAUUGGUGUCUAUGAUGUGCUGAUUGGAGGUCUUUGUAAACUUAAAAGGCCUCAAAGAGCUCUGCAUUUAUUUUCAGGGAUGAAAACUUCAGGGAUUGCUCCUGAUAUUGGUAUACUCAAGAAGCUUCUAUCAUCUGCCAAUGAAGAAGAGAUGAUGGCGCAAUUACUUGAGGAAAACGGAGAUAGUCUUGAUAAUGAUACGGUGAAAUUGCUUUAUAAUUCUGUUUUGGAGGGCCUUGUUCACAUUGGUUGCAUUGAUAGAGCUCUUGAGUUGGUGAGAAUGAUGAUGGAGGACAAACCUCAGUGUGAUAGCAGGUUAGAGAAGUUUUUCAAGCUUAAAGGAAUUAAUUGCUUGGAUUCAUCUACUUUUAGUAUUGUUAUUAACGUUCUAUGCCAAAACGGUAGAUUGGACGAAGCACUACAGCUCUUUGGAGCUAUGGAUGAAUUCGGCUGUCAAAAGGAUACAUUACUGUUCAAUAAUUUGAUUGAUGCUUUAUGCAAUGCUGAUAGGGUAAUUGACAGUGUUCACCUUUUGGAAGAGAUGAAGCAGUUGGGGAUUGAGCCAACCCAUUUCACCUAUAACUCCAUAUACGGGUAUUUUUGUAGAAAAGGGGAUGUCAUCGGAGCUACAAGUAUAGUGAAAGAGAUGUGUAAUUACCGGCACGAACCAUGGAUAAAGAAUUCCACCACACUUGUCAAAGAGCUGUGUAAACAUGGGAGAGCAGUGGAAGCUUCUAGUUUCCUUGCUAAAAUGGUUGAAGAAAGUCUUGUUCCACAUUUAGUUCCAUAUUCUGCUGCUAUUGAUGGGUUUUUCAAACUUCAGGAAGUUGACCGUGCUCUGGAGUUGUUUCAUAAUAUAUAUUCCCGAGGUUACAGACCUGAUGUAGUUGCUUAUAACAUUUUAAUCAAUGGCCUCUGUAAAGCUAAUAGAAUGUCAGAAGCUGAGAACAUGGUGAAAGAGAUGCUGGCUCAGGGGCUUGUCCCAUCAACUGUAACCUAUAACUCUCUUAUUGAUGGAUGGUGCAAGAUUGGUAAUAUAGAUCAAGCUAUGGUUUGCUAUUCCAAAAUGACUGUGGAAGACAGGGAACCUAGUGUCAUAACCUAUACGACAUUGAUAGAUGGGUUAUGCAAUGCUGGGCAACCUGAUGAUGCGCUUAUGCUUUGGAAUCAAAUGGAGGUAAAAGCGUGUUGCCCCAACAGAAUUUCUUUCAUGGCUUUAAUCACUGGCCUCUCCAAGAAUGGCAUGCCAGAUACGGCACUGUCUUAUCUCCAUGAAAUGGAGAAAAGGGAAAUGAGUGCUGACAAUUUUGUUUACAUGGCCUUGUUGGAUUCGUUUUUGUUGAAAAAGAACCAUGUCUUGGCUUUGGACAUAUUGAAAAAGAUUGUUGAAAAAAAAAUGUUUCCAAACCCAUUAGACAAGAAUUAUGCAGUUGUAAGAAAUGCAAUUACCAAACUGUGUGGUGAUCCUUCUACUUCUUGCAAUGUUAAAACUCUCCUUGCUGAAUGUGGCAUCUCGGAAGUUCCUUGAUUUGAGGCGAAGACUGAAGCUGGAUAAAGGCCGUUAUUUGAUUGGAAGUUGAUGCAUGAGGUUAAGCCAAUACUUCAUCAAAAGAAAAAGCUAAGACCAUGAGGCAUGAGCAUUAUUGUCUCUCAUGCGGAGAACUUGAUGAAACGGAUAAUGAAAGCUUCAUGCUAUGAGGAGUGUGAAAGCUUCAUGCUAUGAGAAGUAUGAAAGCUUCAUGUUGUGAGAAGUAUGAAAGCUUCAUGCUAUGAGAACUAUGAACUUCGGAUCGAUCAAUUCAUCUUACGCAUAGAAGGUUGUAAGACUCUUCAACUUCCAAGUGAUGACUUCAGUCAUCACUUGGAAGUUGGAAUCUACUGUAUUGACUGCGAGUAUUGCCAUAAGGCCAUCACCAAUACAGGGAACUACCACAGGGAUUUCAAGAAAUAUGAUUUCAAGAAGAUAUAUUGGAGGUGGAAUCAAUUUUCUGAUUUUGCAAUAUGUGAGAGAGCAAUGGGAUUUUCCAGCAUGAUUGUACGCCUUGCUUGACGCUUCAUUUUCCUUUCCUUCCCACAAGCAAGGGUAAUUGUCCCUUGAAAGCCAAGGAAAGGGUUAACUUGCCAUCACAGUACAUCUUUGCCUCUAUGAUAAAUAUUCAUUGAUGAUACGGAGUAUACUGUAUUUGAUAUCGACCAUUCCUUCUCACUUGAGUCCGAGGAAAAAAUUUGGGGUGCUUGCUUUACUCCGACCUUGGAUCACCACGGCAUUAACCCAGGAUUUGUCAUUUCCGUGGGAGUUGUAUGUUUAUCUACUAUCCCGAGCAUCUUGUGAAUUCGUCUUGCAAUGUAUAUAGUUUAAAACUGGAAAAGGCAAAGGUUGAACGAUUGUUGCAAUAAAGUUCGGGAUAUCAUCUACUA